AUGCGUUCCCUCUCACUCCUAGGGCUGCCGUCCUCUCUUCUGCUCCUCAUAGCAGCCCACGUCGGCGCCGAAAACCCCACGGCAAUCCGCAAAAUGCCACCCAACGCCGGCGAGAAGCUCCUCCCCGACGACCUGUCCUUCGCCGAAGACGUCUUCACCGCGCCCCUCACUCCCCGCGAACAACUCCUCGCCGCCCGCAUGGCCGACGACCCUUUCCUCCACAACGCCUCGUAUCCUUACCGCCCGCCGUUCAUGCAGCACAGCUCCAAGGCCGGCCUGGGUAGCUGGGAGCACCUCCGCCGCGCCGUCGAGGUACUGCAUAUUCUCGAGAGCAGACAGGCUUGUCCCACGAGCACGAACAGUUGCGAGAACAUUGGUUCGGCGAACAAGUGCUGUAUGAGCAAUGAAGUGUGCGUCAAGGUGGAGGACGAGUCGGUUGGAAACAUCGCCUGCUGUCCCAAGGGUGCUUCUUGCAAUGGUCCCGUUGGCACAUGUCCUGUUGGCACGACGAGCUGUUCUACGAGCUUGGGCGGUGGAUGCUGUAUCCCGGGAUACAUCUGUCAGGGAUCUGGCUGUGUCCCCAGCCCUCCUCCCCAACCUUCGACAGUCACAUCGACCAGGACGGCCACGAAUGGUGGGGGCGGCGGCGGCGGCGGCGGCGGUGGUGGUGGAGGAGGAACAACUGGUGGUGGUGGUGGUAGUGCCACUACCCCCGGCCAAACCAUUACAUCUACAGUCACGUCAACAACGACACUCGCGGAUGGUAGCACCACGACCGUAGUGAUCAUCGUCACCGUAACAGCAGGGCCCGGCACAGUCACAAGGACAAGUACCACAACCUCGACAGCAACACCCACCCUGGCCCCACCAACCACAACCACAGCGGGCUCGACCGGCGGAGCCGCCCCUCCCUUCCGGCCGACCUCCACCGCCUCCGGCGAGACCUACAGCGCACCUUUCUGCCCGACCGGCUUCUACGCCUGCCUGGCUCGCGCCGGCGGAGGGUGCUGCCAGACGGGACGGGACUGUGCUACUACCUCAUGCCCGCCCACGCCCUCCACCACCAUCAUCACCAACGGGGUCACCGUCGUCGUCCCCGUCACCGACGUCCCGGAGGCCCAGGCCACGGAGACGUGCGCCGGCGGCUGGUUCCUCUGCGGAGACGAGGGGGGUCCCGUGCCCGGCUGCUGCCCGAGCGGAUACUCGUGCGGCACCGCGAGCUGCUCUACCGUCUCGCCGUCGCAGACGGGGGAGAUACAGAAACAGUUCCCCAACUCCGGGACGAGGCUUUCGGCGUCCUUCGCUUUUGUCGCCGGCUCACUUUUGUUCGCUAUGAUUUGA